GCAGCAACGGAGCAGAAAUUCUGUGCUGUAUUGCAGAAGAGAAAUCGUCGAGCAUUUAAGCUUGUGUGUGUGUGUGCGUGUGCGCGAGCGCAGUGCACGUAUAUAUGUAGGUCUCAUAACUUUUUGCAGUUGUUGAAGUGGGACUGCGCGCGCGACCGAGUGUACGUGUACUGUGUUGUACGUGUGUGGGUGAGUGCAUAUGUUUCAGUCACGCUUGCGCACUGACGCGCGCGAAAAUUUCACGCGCACGACAGAUCGUUAGAAAUUGCACAAUCGCAAAAUAAAAGUGAUGCGUUUCGUUUAAUUUUCAAAUUUUGCAGAUCGAUAUAAAAUCGAGGCAAAUUUUGGUGUAAAUUUUAAUUCAAUGUUUCUUUUUAAUCUCGUAACGUAAGAAAAGAAUGAAGUCAUUAUUUGUCAUCGACGAGAGGCGACUAGUGUAAUAGGUACAGUUGUACGCAGAUGGAGUAGCCUGUCAACUGCGUCAGCGUGGGUUGGCGAAUCAAACACUACACAGUACACGACUUUGUCGACGAUAGUACAGUAGUCUGCAGUCGAUGAGAUUUGAGGCAACUCCGUUUGUCAAUAACAUUUCCAGUUUCAUUUAGCUAUUACAAAACGACCGAAUCAUGUCUGGCGAGAAAAAACGUGUCCUCAUGGUCUGUUUAGGAAACAUUUGUCGUUCGCCGAUGGCAGAGGCAGUCUUUCGCAGGAUCGUAAAAGACCAAAAUCUGGAAGAUAAGUGGGAAGUAGAUAGUGCUGCUAUCAUAGGGUAUCACACUGGAAAAUCUCCUGAUCCCAGAACUAUUGGAGUUCUCAAAGAAGAAGGAAUCACCGAUUACAAACAUAAAGCAAGAACUGUGAAAAAAUCAGAUUUCCUUGAGUUUGAUUACAUAUUUGGCAUGGAUAAAGAAAACAUUAAAGAUUUGAAAAGUCAGGUCCCAGAAAAUAGUAAAGCUAGCAUUGAGUUACUUGGUAGUUAUGAUCCAGAGGGAGGAGAUAUCAUAAGAGAUCCUUAUUAUGAUAAUGGAGAUUAUGGCUUUGUUGAGUGUUACGCUAAAUGUGAAAGAAGUUGCUUGGCAUUCUUGAUGAGAAAAACUAAUGAAGAAAAAUAGUAAUGUAAUGAUAUUUGUACUCCUAAACAAAGUGUAAAUAUAUUGCUAUAUUUUGGUAAGUUUGUUACAUGAAAUAAACAAAGUAUGGUUUCAUA